AUGCUGCUGAAGAAAGUAGGACCCAGGAAAUGGAUUAGUGGAUGUAUGUUUGUGUGGGGGAUAUUGACCAUGCUGCUGGCAGCAUGCAAAACGGCGGCUAGUUUGUACGCCACGCGGUUCUUCCUCGGUAUCUUUGAGGCUGCGUUGUUCCCAGGAGCGGUGUUCGUGAUCUCGCUGUUUUACUCCAGAGGCGAGCAGGCACUUCGCAACGGACUGUUCUUCAGUACAGCGACCAUGGCUGGAGCCUUUGGAGGAAUUCUGGCGUACGGGAUUGCACAGAUGGACGGCGUCCGUGGUCUUUAUGAGGGUCUUCCAACAGUACUCCUCUGCUUCCUCACCAUCAUCUACCUCCCAGACUACCCCCAAACAGCCCAUUUUCUUUCUCAGGAUGAACGGGACCUGACUGUCAAGCGGCUAUUGGUCGACGCUGGUCCCGCAACACAGGAAGAGUUCUCAUGGCGACAGGCCAGGAGCGUCUUUGUCGAUUGGAAGGUCUACAUGCACGCGUUCCCUUAUAUCCUUACCAUGACCCCGCUCUACGCCCUGGCCUUGUUCUUGCCCACCCUCGUCCGCGAGUUUUCUUUCGACCCUAUCACCUCUCAAUUGAUGACAGCACCUGCAUACGCCGUUGCAUGUCUGGCCACAAUCCUAGUCGCCCUCUCCUCAGACCGCUACCGCGAACGUGGUCUCCACUAUGCAAUGCCAACCCUCCUCGCAAUUCUUGGAUACAUCCUCCUCAUCGUCCUCGAACACAAAUCUGCCGCCGUCCGCUACAUCGGCCUCACCGUCACCGUCACAGGCGUCUUCAGUGCCGUCCCCUCCAUGGUCGGCUGGUGGACAGAUCUAUAA